AUGAUUCUGGCGCAUGAAAAGGCGAGAAGGAAUGAGAAACCGUUCUGGACGGCACAGCAACCUCUGCGUCUGCUCUUAACCCCCGCGGUGUGCCGUCCUCUCUUCGUCUUCUGCCCCAACGACGGAUGUGUUUUCACCGUCUGGCUGAUAGCCACGCGGCCUCUCGGCCCGAACAUACUUUCCGAGUCACAGUAUGGCCGAUCGCCUCCAAGUGGGCAAGGGACUGACGGUCAGGUGGGGUGGGAAGUUGGGUCAACCGGAGGGAUUGGCUCAGAGCCCUCGGAAGCCAACAAGAGAACCGAUGCCAUCUUCUCUUUUUGUCGCUUUCUUCCGACUCGAGAUCGCUUUGUAGCAACGCGACUUUCAGCACUUGCUCGCUUGGUCAGUUCUCUUUCUCCGUCCUCUUGCAUGCUAUUGGCAUUCAGAUGUUGA